CGAUCUGUCUGGAUCUUGGAUCGCCUUUCCACCAAACACAGUCAUCCUUCUUCCACUCGAAAACCUUCCUUACGUCCUCUCGCUGUCGCCUCCACAGUCAUCUCCCUGUAUCAAUAUCAAUCAUCUGCGACUGGCGGAGGAUGCCUCGAUUCGAUCUCUGCGCGAGCUAUCGACUACAUUCAAGAUAGACAGCCUCUGACCUCAUCCUUGGUUGGGUAGAGCCAUGAUCUGUACUAGAUCGCCUCACGACAACUGCACAAGAUGGCGACCGACGAACUGGUGACCCGUGGACCUGCCGUACUCGCCGUCACCGCUGCCACCCUUGUAUGCUGUACGGUUUUCGUCCUCUUCCGUUUGAUAUCAAGAUUUGGGAUUGUAAAGAAGCCAGGAUGGGACGACUACUUCAUGAUUCUUGCAUGGAUAUUGGCAUUCGGCACAUCGUUUAGCAUAUGUUAUGGUACUCGAUAUGGGCUCGGUCGUCAUGAGCAUGACAUUCCCCGCGACUGGUCUUCACCGAUGAAGAAAACUGCCUACGUCUUUUCCGUCCUGUACAACCCGGCCCUCAUGGCGACCAAGACCUCGAUCCUCACCUUUUAUUUAACGCUGUCAAAGACGCACAAGGUAUUCCGUUGGGCGACAAUUGCUACUAUGGUCGUCGUCAAUGUCGGUGGACUCGCCCUGACUCUGCUCAACACACUGCAAUGCUCACCAGUCUCUGCCGCCUACCUUUCACCCACGCCAGACACCGCAUCCUGCACCAGCAUUGUCACAAUCUAUCUGUCUUCUGCGCCUUUGAACAUCAUCACCGAUCUUGCGAUCUUGUUUCUACCCAUGCCGAUUCUUACUAGCAUGCGACUACCCAAGAAGCAAAAGACUAUUCUCGUUGUUACGUUCGGAUUUGGUAUCUUUGUGGCUGUGGUUGAUGUCGUUCGCAUCGCCUAUCUACAAAAGGCAGCCAGGGAUAAUCUCCGCGCUGUCCAGAUGCACCAGGCUGAAGACAACACAGAUUCGAGAGAUGCAAAUGAUUUUUCCUGGUACGCAUCGUUGUCAUUCAUGUGGAGCGCAAUUGAGAUCAAUGUCGGAAUCAUGUGUGGUUGCGUUCCGGCGUUGAAGCCAUUGGCCUCUCGGUUCCUGCCACACUGGAUCCUGGAUCAUACCAUCCGCGACAAGAGCACGACAAACACCAGCGACGACAUGGUACUUCAUCCCGAUAUAAUCGGCCCCGGAUCUGGCUCGCGAGGAAGAUCUAACCAGUCCGACCCCUGUCAGCCCCCAGUUUCUCCCCUAACCACACGACCACCUCCCGUCGCAAUGCCAGCCCCACAACAUGGCCCAGAAGAGCAUAUAGACAUGAUGGAUUUCUUAACGACGCCUAACUCGAACGAGAUGCCACAGCUCCAACAGAUGACCACCUUUGCAACCUAUAAUACAGGUGGGCGCACUCGACGGGGAUCGGUGCCAUUUUUUGAUUUCGUCAAUGUUGGCAAAAGAAAGAAUAUCACACUGAGGACCAAUCGUGAAUCCAUUUUCCCUAUACUGAUGGUCACCCUCCUCUUCUUCAUAUGGGGCUUUGCAUAUGGGCUCCUAGACGCCCUGAACGCCCGCUUUCAACAGAUCGCCAAUAUGAGCCAUGGUCAGACGGUAGCCCAGCACUCAGCAUACUAUGUAGGGUACAUUGUGGGUCCUUUGACUUUUGGCCGCUUGGUCUUUCGUUACUGGGGCUUCAAGGCUUGCUACACUGUUGGUCUUCUCAUUUAUGCUUGCGGUACCCUCGUGUUCUGGCCCUCUGCUGUUCUCACCUCGUUUCCCGCUUUCCUCAUAUCGAAUUUCAUCGUUGGACUAGGCCUAUCCACACUCGAGAUCAGCGCAAAUCCUUUCAUUGCGCUUUGCGGGCCGCCCGAGUAUGCCGAAGUCAGAUUGAAUCUAUCUCAGGGUGUACAGGCCGUUGGUAGCAUCCUCUCGCCACUCCUCGCCAAGAAGGUUCUGUUCAAGGCGUCGCCAAACAGUUUGAUCGAUGUCCAAUGGACGUAUCUUGGGAUUUCCAUAUUCACCGUCAUUCUCGCGAUUUGUUAUUACUACGUCCCCCUACCCGAAGCUACGGAUAAAGAGCUUGAAGAUGCAUCGGCCAGACUUCCGAUACCGCGCGACGCCGAAAUAUCGCUAGGUACUUCAAAGGUUAAGGUCAUCUACAUUACGCUAGGAAUUGCUAUCUUCUCGCAGUUUUGCUACGUUGGAGGCCAGGAAUCUGUUUCUACGACUUUUGCAGCUCUCACUCAGCGCGUUGCGCCAGGGUUGGAGACUGUCUCGCACCAAGCCUAUGGUCACACCGGCUUUGCAGUAGGUCGCUUCCUCGCAGCAUUCUUGAACAUAUGGAUCAAGCCUCGUUACCUCUUACUCUUCUUUUACCUUGGUGCGAUCGCAUUUGCAGCUGCAGUCAUGGCAGGGCAUGACAUGGUUCCAGCAGCCAUGAUCGUGCUUUUGAUGUUUUUCGAAGGUCCGCUAUUUGCAUACAUCUUUGUUCAGCCCCUUCGUGGUAUGGGCAAACAUACCAAAGACGCUUCUGCUCUUCUGACGGCAGCAAUUGGCGGCGGGGCUAUCGUACCCCCAAUCAUGUACGGGGCCUUGAAAGCCCACAAUGCCCAGUAUGCGUUCUGUGUUGUGAUCGCGUUCUAUGCUGCUGGUACUUUAUUCCCUGUUUGGCUCAAUCUAUAUUCUAUAGCAAGAAAGCUAUCGGAUCCGGUGAGGGACGAACGAACGCGCAGAGAGAGCGAACUAGAGCAACGGUCUCGGCAAGAAUCAAUGCCGACAAGCGAGAAGAAGAGAAUGUUCUCAGCUAUCUUCAAGCGCCUCAGCAUCAGUGGCAACAAAGGUGCUCCCCCAGAUUCGCCGCCCUGUGAGCAUCGAGAACGGUCCAGUUGGACGGAAGCCAGGACGCCGACAAGUCGCCCAACUACUGGAGCCGUUGAGUCUCCAUCUAGCUUCCCAACCUACGACGACAGUCCUACCUUUGAGACCAUGCCUAUAUGGCUUGAAGGAGCUCCCAACGGAAGAGCUAAUCAUCGGACAACAUGAGCACGGACGAUCUUCAAAAUCAUUUCCUGAUGACGAUGUUCUACGAUGGCUGAACGAGCUUUUAUUUUUAUUUUUUAGUGUCUUGCAUAACUGAAUGGAGUUAAGAACAUGGCGUUAUAGAUUUCAUGGGAGAUAUCCCCAGCCUCGCACAGCGACGCACGCGCUUUCGACAUUUUCCUUUUUGUACAUCAUCAUGGGAAACGGACCGAAAUUUCGGAAUUUUUAAUGAGGAUCAAGGUACAUAUGGGAAGGGAGCAUCGUGGGUGGACAGGUGCAUUUUGAACGAUAUCCAGACUCACGAGUCUAAUUUUCUGAGACUUUUCUCAUUGUGUAUACUGCCAUCAACUACAUGUCGAUAAAUGACGCCCAACAAUUGUUUAUAAUAUAUCAUCUUUGAAUCAUAUCAU